AUGACGAUAGAUGUCGCACAAAGAAGCCUAAAUGUGAAUGAAGAGUAUCUUGGGGCAUUAAGAACAAAAUCUUAUGGUGAUUUCUUCACGAAAGCUCAGUUACUAGUAAAUGAACCAACAUCUCCUUCUCAAUUAUGCCACAAUACAUUCUCAGAAAUCCUCCUUGAGCCAAGUCAAAAGACAAUAAUAUCCAUUCUUGAAUCAACUAAUUUUCCAUCCAAAAAAUAUGAUCUCAAAUCUCUUCUUUCCAAUUACUUCAAUAUAAGUGCCGAAGCAUCAAAAUUCUGCAGCCACAUCCUUAAAAGCAUUAACCAAAUCCAAUCCGAUUAUGGUUUCGUGGAACAAGUCCUUGACUCGAUUGAUAAUUGUUCCAAUGUUGACCAAUUUGGUUGCCUAGUACUCGAGCUUCGAUCUUUUAUCAUCCACAACAACCCCUUUUCCGACCUCAAAAAACAAGAUUUUACGCGGAUUAAUGAUGAAUAUUCAUCGGUGUUACAACGUUUGAAAUCCAAGAAGAAAAGAGUUGCUAGGAAAAUUAAAUUGAUCAAAUGUGUCAAUAAGACUUCUGGGGUUGUUGUGGCAGCUUUGGUACUAGCAGCACAUACUCUUGCUGCAAUUGUGAUGGGGCCAGCAAUUUUAAGCCUGCCCUUAAAGCCAUUAAAGAAGAAAAUUAUGAAUAUUCGAUACUUGAAAUGUGGAUUUCUAAGGAAAGUUGGAGAACAACUUGAUGUAGCAGCCAAAGGUACUUAUAUUCUGAACAUGGAUUUUGACACAAUGAGUAGGCUCGUGGCUCGACUUCAUAACGAGAUUGAUCAUAAUAAGGCAAUGGUUCAAUUGUGUUUGGAUAGAAGGGAAGAUAGGUUUUCAUUGCAAGUGUUGAAGGAGUUGAAGAAGAGUAAUAUUGGGUUCAGGAAACAAGUGGAAGAGCUUGAAGAACAUGUUUACUUGUGUCUUUUAACCAUCAAUCGCGCUAGAGCUUUGGUCAUUAAUGAAAUUGCAAAAUCAUAUGAGAACAAAAAUGAAGGUAGUUGCUAA